AUGACAAAGAUGUCGUUAUUCACUGAAUCUAUGCUGUAUCCUUUUGUACCAUAUUUCCCUUGCCUCUCGUGUACCUAUGUGUACUAUCUCAAUCCCUCUUUGUACCACCUUUGUGUACCUUCCUGCCUCUCCAGAUUUUUCCAAGUGCUGGAACACCCGGCAGAGGUUGAGAACCAGGAACAAGCCCGCAAAAUGCUCUUAGAACAAAGAUCGCAAUUUCUCCACACGCUCAAUGACGUCACAUCCUUCAAUGAUUCGACUAAUAUGCACGAAUACCAGCGAGUGUUGCUGGCCCUGAGAGCGUACGAGCAGGAGGUGGCGUCUGCCGUAGACGCUGGCGUGUCCCCUGUCGACCCCCACCAGCCGCACUACCAGUGGAAUUACAUCGAGAGUGUCUUCUUCGCGUCCACGGUCAUCACGACUAUCGGCUACGGCAACAUGGCGCCCGUGACGGCGUGGGGCCGCUUCUUCUGCAUCCUGUACGGCUUCGUGGGCAUCCCGGUCACCCUCAGCGUCAUCGCCGACCUCGGCACGAUCUUCGCCAACAUGGUCCUGGCCAUUUCCAAGAAGUUCCGGCGGGUUGCUAAGAACUGCGCGCCGUUCAAGGAGCUCAAACUUCCCGGCGAAGACCAGUCCCGCGGGCUAAUUGUGUUCGGAUCCGUGCUCGCGCUUCUCGUCUACAUCGCAAUCGGUGGCGCCCUUUUCAUCCAGUGGGAGGAUUGGUCUUUCUUCGAAGCCUUUUACUUCUGCUUCAUCACCAUGACAACCAUUGGUCUCGGAGAUCUCGUGCCAGAACGCACGGAGUUCAUGCUCGUAUGCACCAUAUACAUACUUAUAGGCUUGGCCCUGACUUCUACCAUCAUAGAGUUAGUCAGACGUCAGUACGCCGAGAGCUGGCAACAAAUGAAGGAGUUCAGCGGCAAGCUCGGCGAACUCUCAGGGCCUCUGGCAGAGCACCUGCGGAGGAUCGGCGAGCAGGCGGGCGAACUCAACAUGGACGUCCAUUUGCUGAAGGAUCUCAAGGACCUCAAGACCGUGAUCACGCUGAGCAAGCUGGAGGCCCUCACGCGAAUGGACCCCAAACUGCGGACCGACGCCCGCCUCGCCGAGCUCCUGAAGAGCCACCUGAGCGGGGACGAGGGCGCGGCAUUCCUGGGCGACGUGACGGAGGCGCUGCAGCCCAACGGCGCCAAGAGGAAAGUCAUACAGGUCGUCAUCUACGAGAGCUCCGUGUGAAAAACAAGGAAGAUAAAUGCGAGGAAGAGAAAUUUCUUUUAAUUUAGACAACUCGACUUCAGAGUUGGAAUGAAUUUAUUUG